CGCUGUGGAACUGUUCCUCCACACUGCUGUUCCUCCACAAUAAACCGGAAGUGAAGAAUUCCCCGGAUGUGGAUCUCUCAGGGUUGAAGUUGAACAGGAAGGUGAGGUCCUGAUGGUGGAAACAUCAUGAGUAUGCUGAGCGCAGAUGUGGAGAAGAUGGACAGUCUGGACGGAUGGGUCGCUAUUAAAAGUGACAUCUUUGAGGACAGAGAGAGUCACAACUUCCGGUUUUUGGUCCAGUGGAGCGAAGCGGAGUCCAAGUUCGCGGUGAUUUGUCACAACAGGACUCUUCAGCAUAAGAGGAGGAGGAUGAUGAGGAUGAUGAAGGUGGGUGAGGAUGAGGAAGAUGAGGAGGAGGAGGAGGAGGAGAGCAGCUGGGCCGCCAUGUUCUCCGCAUCAGAGCUGAAACAUCUCCACCUGCAGCUGACGGGCUCCGGGGACGCGCUGUCCGGCUUCCUGCCCGACCUGUCCUCCUUCACCCAGCCUGGGGUGUGGGACACGCUGCUCAGGAGAACCUGGCGGGAGCAGGAGCUGGAGCGCGAUGUGGACGGAGUGUGUGUGCAGUUAGAGAAGUAUUUCAGCACUGCGGUGGAUGUGUGUGGAGUGAAGAUCCUGCUGGAGACUUUAUUCCCUCAGGAGAAGGAAGGAGAGGAGGACAAAUACUGCGAGAACUUGCAGGAGUUUAAAAGGAAAGCCAUGGAGGAGCAGGUCAGGAGAGCCAAGGACACGGUGGACACGAUCAUACACCGUCACCGUGCUGCAGCAGGACUUGUGCAGCUGAUGAAGAUCUAUGAGGAAGAGGAUGAGGCAUACAAUGAUCUGGUUACCAUAGCAACACAGUAUUAUCAGCACCAACUGCAGCCAUUCAGGGACAUGAGGGAGCUGUCCACUUUACACACCAUGGAGAUACAGAAAAUGCUGCAGCUACAGGAACUCGGUCCGAAGCGAGUGUGUGAGUUGGAGAAAGAGGCAGAAGAGUGGAGCAGAGGGGCGAACGAGGCUGUGUGUUCUAUACAGGAUAUCACUGUGUGUUACUUUACUGAGACGACAACGGCUCUGUCAGGCAUGUUGAAACACAUGGAUGUGGACCGUAAGAGAUUUGGCCACGCCUCCUGGGCUGUAGCCACACCCAGACUGGAGAAGCUUAAAUUUCUACUUGCUAAAGAAACUCUGCAGUUGAUGCGGGCGAGAGAGAUGUGUGUGAACCGCCGCAAAGACCACAUCAAGGAGAAGAUGAGUGGUGUGUGUGACGGGGCAAGCGUGUGUGACGUGGACAUGUUGGAGCUGCAGUAUUACGAGGCUCAGCUGGAGCUCUACGACUGUAAACUAGAGAUCCUGAAAAACGAGGAGCUUCUUCUGCUUGCACAGAUACACACACUGCAGAGACAGAUCAGAGAACUGAAGGAGGAGGUGGUGUAUUAUGAUGCCUGUGAAGAUCCUGCAGAACUUCAAUGCAUGCAGACAGACGCUAGCCCCGCCCACUCUGAUGGUAACCACACCCACUCUCACCUACAGCAACAGUUACUGCAGCUGGAGAGAAAGAGAGCUAUGACAUCAUCACGCAGAGCUACACUACGUAAUCGGAAGGAGAAGUGUGUAGAAGCCCAUGAGCUCCAGCAGAGGGCGGCACAGCAAAGAAUCACACAACACCACCACCACCACUCUGUGCACCUGAAGCGAGAGAAAAGGAAGGAGGAGGAGGAGAAGAGGAAGGAGUUUGUGCGAAUGGAGAGAGAGCGAACACUCAAUCGACUGCGUUCCUUCAGAGAGAGAGGUCAAGGUCAAUUCUUGGUGAAGACCCAUCGCCCCAACAAGCCCCGCCCACCCAACCUUUCCUGCACUGACUCUGACCAGCCCAUGUCAAUCAUCACACUAACUCCACCCACACAAGCCAGUAGCUCCACCUCCAAACCAAGAGGGAAGGGGUGGGGUCAGAAGCAAAGGGAUAUCCCAGUGCACAUACUGUUACCUCCAGGAGCUGAAGGGUUGGGGCAAGAGCAGGCUCUGACUCCUCCCCUUCAUCCCCCUCCACCACCCCCACCUCCACCCCCACCCCCCCCUCCAUUAGCCCCACCCCCUCCAUCAAGCGCACCUCUUCCUCUCAGUGAUAAAGCACCGGCUGGAAUUCCUACUGCGGGGUCGAUGGAUGAUGUUCUGGCCUCCCUACAGAGGGGGCGUAUUCACCUGCGUAAAGUCACGCCCAAUCCACCAGCCGUUCCCAUGAAGCCCGGAAACUUCCGAGACAGUUUGCUAUCUGCGAUUCGUCAGGGCGUGACUUUAAAGAAAACCCCGCCCCCUGUAAGCCCCGCCCGCUCACAGGACUCCGAGCUGGAGCUGCGCAUCAAGGAGGCUAUGAGGAGGAUGAAGAACGUCUCUAACGAAUCUGAUGAUGAUGAACGUUCAGACUCACCGCCGGGAGAGUGGGACAGCUAGGGGGUGUACACACACACACACACACACACACACACACACACACACACACACACACACACACACAGGGCUAUGCGGUGUUUAAAAAUGUAGCCAUUUGAAUGUUAUAGAAAUACAAAUCAAGCACUUUAAAUGAGGUAGAAAUGAAAGAGGAGGAUUGAAAUCUGCUGUGUUUCAGAGUUUAGUUAUUUUUCUGUUUAUGUUUACAUCAAAAUAAAGAAAUGACUGUGUACAGAGAGAAUCUGAGUUUAUUACAGUGCUGUGAAUUAUUUUAAUAAUGAAAGUGAUUCUGAUUUGGAAAGUGUAUUAACUCUCAGUCAGAUCCUGAUCCCCCUCUUUCAGCAUUAUUUAACUGUUUAUUCUUAUAAUUAAAUACACAAACGUCUUCCA